CACUGUCAAAACAAUAAACUUGACAUUCACAGUAGCGUAGGAAGUUGUACAGAAAUCAAUCUACGUAGUUAACUAGUUUUAACUUAUUCCAGAACCUUUUUCUACUUAUCAGUCAAAGUACUCUAGAAAAUCAGAAUGUUCGCGGCUAUAUUUGGGAAGAAGAAAAGUCCUGACACACCUCCCGAAGAAGCAGAUCCGAUUCCAUCCCACAACGUCCCACAACCUGCAUCUGGGGGCGACGAGUUCAUCUUUGUUGAGAAGAAAGAUCCCGCGGAACCGCAGCCGCCUCCGUCAGGAAGCAUGUACCCUACCAUUCCGCCAGGACCUUUUCACCCAGGCCACCAUGGUCAUGGUGGCUUGCCGCGGCAGGACACGCUUCCACCGCCCUAUCUACAGGGAGUUCCCUUCAAAUUGUCCCCGGAAUUGAGCAGCGGCGAUUCCUACGAAACAAUCCAAAUGGAGCUGGACGGAAUUCUAGCGAUGAUGACGCGACAAUUGCACUUCAAUACAGAAUACGAUUUUACUCUUGAAAGGAGCCUCACAGGGUAGUAGGCGAGGAACAUGUGGUUGUGCAUCGAGGGAAACUCAAGUACGAAAUUUGCGAUAGUUCCAUUGAUUCUGUAGUUUCUUAGCAACUCGUUUUGCACAAGACAAAGAAGCUUUAAUAUUUUUUGGCGAACUGUUUGUAAGAUAUACAUAAUAAAGUCUGUUGAUUUCAUAGAAUA